ACGCCUCAGCCCGACCCACGGGGGAGACAUAGCCUGGGGGUCAGCUCUCGGCCCGGGGGUAGGUCUCACACCUACCUGUACAGCCGGUCUGGGGGUAGUAGAUGUGGUGGUCAACCUUCCCCUAUCCAUGUCUCUGACCGCCGAGCUGGGCAUACCGUGGGUGACAGUCCUGCUUCGUCUUUGAGUGGACAUUACGCCACCACCCCGGCCAAACCACGUCACCACCCCCGAGAGAAGACCAUACUGGGGAGUGGUUCUGUCAGUGCCAGAGAUAUUCAACUUUAUAUUGAGCCAGGGCGGGAGGAGAAACAUAAGAUUGAGCGAGCCUUUCAGAAGAACUCCAUCGUGUACGCCAAGAAGAGUCCAAGGCUGCCCAAAGUAUACCAGCUCUCGAAAAAGAUUCAUCAUUUGGCCAAUGCUGAGUACCCAUUCACAAGUCCUACAAUUCCAGAACACUUACCUACACUCACGGCGAAAGUAGCGUCGAGCUCUUCGUCACCGGACAGGAAGUCACCCUUCACAAGGGAGACAACUGCACCACUCGGUUUACCACGACUUCCGGCUUCACCUUUGCACGCUUCGUUACUAAGACGACCAACCACGCUCGGGACCCGACCUUUGGAAGAAAAGGACGAAGAAUUCCAAGCGUUUGCGACCCGUUUAGAUUUACAGCCACUGAUUAUCGAUGAUUGUCCGUUUAAGACUCUGAAGUUCUACACCUAUAAAUACCCGCUGUUGCUUAAGAACUUGCUGAAAAAAGAUCGGGAGAAGUACGCCGACCGACACAGCGUGAACCCAAUCCUUUGUCCAAAUCCACUACAACGAGGCUCAGACGUGGGAAAGAGGCUGGCUGUGUCGAACAUGGCGUUGGAGGAACUGGACAAGGAAACCACGGAUUGUCGUUUUACAACGGAGCUGAGGGAUGACACCUUUGAUCCGAGGAAGUGGCUCUGGAAUAGAUUUAGGUAUCAGUAGUAGCAUCAGAAUAUCAACGAUUAUUAUUUAACUCAGAUAUAUCAUUAUAUGUCAUAGGGAUGAUCAACCUUCAUCACGUCCAUCAUCGUCUUUGGUAAACUGUUCACGAAAUCUGUUCUGUUGUUGACCUUUUUUCUCAAGAAUUCAAGAAUAAAACGUAAAUAAGAAA